CCCGCCGCCGCCGCCAUUGUAGCAGGUUCCCGCCCCGACCCGCCCCAGCGCCCCCUCGGCGGCCUCCCGGAGGCGGGAGCCCCGGGCGCUGCCGCUCUUUUUCUAGCCACUAGGAGCCAUGUCUGAUAACGGAGAACUGGAAGACAAGCCACCAGCCCCUCCCGUUCGGAUGAGCAGUACCAUCUUCAGUUCUGGGGGCAAAGACCAAUUGUCUGCCAACCACAGCUUGAAACCCCUGCCCUCUGUACCAGAAGAGAGAAAACCUAGAAACAAAAUCAUCUCCAUCUUCUCUGGCACUGAAAAAGCAAGCAAGAAAAAAGAAAAAGAAAGGCCAGAAAUCUCCCCUCCAUCAGACUUUGAACAUACCAUCCAUGUUGGCUUUGAUGCUGUUACUGGAGAAUUCACUGGAAUGCCAGAGCAAUGGGCUCGGUUGCUACAGACCUCAAACAUCACCAAGCUAGAACAGAAGAAAAACCCCCAGGCGGUACUAGAUGUGCUGAAAUUCUAUGACUCCAAAGACACAGCAAAACAGAAGUAUCUGAGCUUCUCUGCUCCAGAAAAAGAUGGUUUCCCUUCAGGAACACCAACACCAAAUGCAAAAGGCUCAGAGCCCUCAACAGCAGUAGCCGAAGAUGAUGAUGAUGAUGAAGAGGCUCCCCCUCCAGUUAUUGCCCCACGACCAGACCAUACAAAAUCAAUUUACACGCGAUCUGUAAUUGACCCCAUCCCUGCACCAGCUGGUGAUACUUGUGUUGAUAAUGCUGUCAGGUCAGCUGACAAGCAGAAAAAGAAGACCAAAAUGUCUGAUGAAGAGAUUAUGGAAAAACUACGCACUAUCGUAAGCAUAGGUGAUCCCAAGAAAAAAUAUACCAGAUAUGAAAAAAUUGGCCAGGGGGCUUCAGGUACAGUUUUUACAGCUAUUGAUGUAGCGACAGGACAAGAGGUUGCCAUCAAGCAGAUAAACCUACAGAAACAGCCCAAGAAGGAGUUGAUUAUUAAUGAGAUCCUUGUAAUGAAAGAGUUAAAGAACCCCAACAUAGUGAACUUCUUAGACAGUUACCUUGUAGGAGAUGAAUUGUUUGUUGUGAUGGAGUAUCUAGCUGGCGGGUCACUCACUGAUGUUGUCACGGAAACAUGCAUGGAUGAAGCUCAGAUUGCUGCUGUUUGCAGAGAGUGUUUGCAGGCACUAGAGUUUCUGCAUGCCAACCAGGUCAUCCACAGGGAUAUUAAGAGUGACAAUGUGCUUUUAGGAAUGGAUGGAUCUGUUAAGCUCACCGACUUUGGUUUCUGUGCUCAGAUCACCCCAGAGCAGAGCAAGCGCAGCACCAUGGUUGGGACUCCAUACUGGAUGGCACCUGAAGUGGUCACACGGAAAGCUUAUGGCCCCAAAGUAGAUAUUUGGUCUCUCGGUAUUAUGGCUAUUGAAAUGGUGGAAGGAGAGCCCCCAUACCUCAAUGAAAACCCUUUGAGGGCUUUGUAUUUGAUAGCAACUAAUGGCACACCAGAGCUGCAGAACCCAGAGAAACUGUCCCCAAUAUUCCGGGAUUUCCUAAAUCGUUGUUUGGAGAUGGAUGUUGAAAAACGAGGUUCAGCCAAAGAGCUGUUACAGCAUCCUUUCCUGAAACUGGCCAAACCUCUGUCAAGCUUGACGCCGCUGAUUCUGGCUGCCAAAGAAGCAAUGAAGAGUAACCGCUAAUAUUGUUGCCAUGACCUUCAGUUUUUUUUUUUAAAUCUUUAUAAUAUAUGAAAUUGUUACUCUUGUUAGGGGGGUGGAAAGAGUCUGCAAAAGGGAAAGUUCUUACCCAGAAGAAAUCCAACACAAACCACGGUGACUUUCUAGCCCUUUCUAGGGUCCCAGAGGAAAUGUGGACUGUAUCGCUGGCCUUUCACCUUUUUAGCAGACAGCCCAGGAGUGCUACUUACUCCUGGGGUUUUAAGGGUUUUUUUGAUGACUUCACUGUUACAGUUCCCAUUCAUUGUGCCCUCUUGGGUACUUUCAAUACUUGAAUGACAGAUUCAAGCUUUCAGAGAGAGGCAUUAAUUUUAUCUGCUGAUCUCUUUCCUUCUCCCUUUUACCUGUCUUUCAAAUUGCUCUGGGAAGCUCACCGUAUGACUAGAUUAAUAGCAAGUGGGACCGAAAUGUGAAGGUACAUCUUAUCUCUCUCUCCCUUUCUGUACAGUUUAGCUAACUGUACUGUAAAAAAUAAUGACUCAGUUACUUAAGAAAUUGCAACUUCCUUAAAAGAAUGUUUUGCUUUUUAAGAAGAGUAUGGGGAGAGGGGAAAGAGAAGAGUUCGACUGUGUUCCUGUUCUGUGGCUAUGCUCCACAGACCUUCUUAACCUAAGGUAAAAGAGGCUUUUUGUGUAGAACUUUCUUGGUUGGUCACAUUGUCAGAGGUCAGGUUGCCAGUACGGGGUGAGAGAGCAGAUGAUCAGUUUAUGAUCAAGUCAUCAGCUGAGAGUGGGGAGAACUGAAGUCCCAACUGUCUUCCUUUCUGCUCUGCUUCCCACUGUUAGAUUUUUUGGCCAAAGGCUUAUGUCAAUGUCUUGCAUGGUGUGGUGGACAGUUUUAGAAUAAGUGUUGUCUCUGAUCUCUAACUCGGAUGUGGGAGUUUUGCUGGUGCCUUUGCCUUUUUUUUACAUUUCCCUCCUUUGUAUCAAAUAUGUUUUGUAUAUGUUGUAAUUUUAUCUGCAAAAAGGCAAAUAACGCAACAACCAUGGAGUUGUCAAAAUUUUAAGUAUUAGAGCUAUUUUUUCCCAUUUUAUAUGUGCCCUGUUUCUACAAAUGUAAUCAAAAGAACAAAAUUCAUCGUAUCUGAGGACACUGAAGAUCCAAGAUUUUUUUGUAAUUCAGACAGAAGCUUAUGAACAUCUGGAAACACCAAAGUGCUGUUCUGUGGAGAGACAGCCAAUUUGAGUGGCUGAUGUGUAACUGGAGAGACAUAUAUCAUGUUGGCGCUUUUUCUCUAAAGACAUUUUUACCAGCUAGGAUGGCAGAAGACGAAAAGCUUAAUACAAGAAAAAGUACCUCCUUGUAAGAGCUAGCGAGUAAUGUGAAUUUUUAGGUGCCUAUUUAGGUAACAGUAGCAACUGUGGGAAGAUUUCCUCCUCCCUGGCUUCAGCCACUGAAAUCACUGUGCAUUUAUACCUACGGAUUAUUUUGAUAAGGAGCUGUUUGUAGUUGUAAUGUGCCAAAUGAUACAUGUGCAGGAGUUGCCAUCAAUUUGGUGUUAAGCAAUGUUGUUGCAUUCCUAACAGGCAGUGUGUGUCCAAGUAGAGAAUAUUGCUUGUGGAAUGAGAGGAAUCCAUUUGGGUUGUGACAAAGGAGAUUGCCUAAAUGAGUUUUGCAUGCACUCUUUUUGUUGUGGGAAGGUAGAAAUCUUUCUUCUCUGCAAGCAUAAUGUCAAUGUUUUAUUGUUGGGAUAGAAUACCUGUGUUCCCGUGUUUGGUCACCAAGAUAUGGCGAAAUGAAGCCUACGCCUGGAGAACUUCCAUUUCUAGAGCCUAUACAACAUGGGGGUUUCAUUCUUUCAGCGUAUCUGAUCAGUUUUUCUAUAGCUGCUCACUAGAAAAUUGAUUUGCACCAAACAGGGUGCCUGAUUCAUGUGAGAAAUUGCAAUACCACAUUUCUAUUUGCUUUCUUGUAAGUUCUGUUACGUGAUAUGUUCCUAGCUGAAUUACUUUAAUAGAGAAAGGUUACAUCAGAAGAAUAAACAACCCACUUGCUGCAAACCACUAGAAUAGUCGCUGUUUAAUCCAAGGAAGGGUCAUGUUCUAGGCCAGAUAUUUGAGAUGUGCUUCCCCUGUAACAAACUUUAGAUCUGUUGAAAGCCAUAUACACCAUAAGCACUAGCAUGGCAGCGCCCUUGACUUUAAUGCAUGUGACUUCUGUUUAUAAAAGAGCAACAAGGAAUCUUGGGUUAUAUUUAAUUCUUUCUCAUCAGUGGUUCCCUGUUUGUCCAUUGCUGGCAAUGGAUUUGGUGAAAAAUCAAGCUCCUAGUGCAGGAGUUAAACUUGGCGCUAUUAUUUGCUUGGUAGCACAUCCUGGGCUACCAUAUAAAUAUAAUUUUGUUCUGAAAUUAGCAGUUUUUAAAAACAGGAAAACGUAAAAUCACACAUUUUUAACUUAUUAGUUCACCUUUAUUGAUAAAGGAAAACUUUUUGAUCUUGUAUUAGCAAAUCUGUCCACAUCAGUAUCUUUAUUUAAGGGGUUCAUUUUGAAGUUGUUGGGGUUUUUUUUAAUUUUGUUUUUUAAAUCAAAUCCAGGAGUUUCCAAAGUGCAUCCCAGUGCUUCUCAAGUGGCCUGCUGUGGUAUUGAACAAUGUGACUGAGAAGUGCAUACAUUUCUCUCUUCUCCCCGUCCCCCAAAUCUGUAGCAGCUAUAUGGUUAUACAAUUAGGAUUUUUUUUUUUUACUUCUGUUAGAAACUUAUUAGGAACAAACAAAGGAUAUUAGUUCAGGAAACAGUGGGAAUAAUGGUAGGGUUGGAUUCUGCAGCAAAGUGUGGAGAAGAGCAGAGCAGUCAGGGAGUUGACAAGAAAAGAAAUGAACCAUGGGAAGUUGCUGCUCUGUGCUACACUGUGAUUGCUGUGCAUAUAAUGUACCAGUGGGUUGGCUGUCACUUUUCUAACUGAACAAGUUUUGCACGUGUCUUCCAAACCUAGUCCAAAAAUGUGGAAAAGGGCAUUUUUCUGCAUAAGGGACCAGGCUAGAACUGUUGAGACAAGUUUUUCUUUUUUGUCUUGUUUCAUCCCAGAUUAUGGCUAUGUAUGGCUGAAGAGAAAAUAGCUAGAGACAGAAUGGAUGCUGAAAGGGAGGUGUUGCUUCUGUACGUGCUAUGAUUCCCAUAUCUCUUACCUUGACAUCCCAGGUGAUUACUGAUGUGCUAGAACCCCUGAACCAAGUUCUCAAUCAAAUAUGUAUGCAAAUAAAUACAUGUGGGCUCUUUUUACGAUGUUAGUUCUGGAGAGUAACAACAGGAAAGGGAUGUUCAUCUUCACUGCACCAAAACAAGUAUAAAGGAAAUGUCUGAUUCCCAGGUUUUUCUACUAUGAAAAUGGGAACAGACUAGACUUUGCCACACAUAAGCAUGCCACUGGGAUCACACAUUCAGAACUAAAUAUAGAUGUUCAUCACAUGAGUGUCUUCUGGAGGAAGGGAGCUGUGAGGUGCUCCAGAGUAGUUCUGAAUAACUGAACUCCUUUGUCAGAAGAGCAGGGGUGGGAGGUAGAUUAGGAUACAGCAAUAGGUAUUUGUAGCUGGGAAUGAACAGAUUUCUCUGGUCUGCUUUCCUUCUCUUCCUCACUUUGCCAAACAAAAAUGGAAGUAAGUGUAAGCUUUCUUCCUUUUUUCUUUCCAAAAACUGUCUUCAGAUUGUAAUGUUGCCUUCCUUUUGUUUAAUUUAAUCCCAUUCUGUUAUUUAAUUGUUACUGCAAUAUUAACUACUGUAAUUGAUUACUUUGUUUAAUAACUGUUCUUUCAGGGCUAGAAAUAAACUUUUUAAAAAAUGUUUGUUAUUUUUCCCCCCUUGAAUUUAUAUCUUUUCUAGAACAGAGUAGCUUAAAAAAUAAACGUCUAGGUAUCUUAAUGGGUCUAGAGAAUUAUGCUUUAUGUUUUAUGUAACUUUUGCCACUUUCAAGCAUGAAACUUAAGCUUUUCAUGAACACUUAAUUUUCAUUGUGGUAGCCUUUAUUUUGAGGGAUGCCUCAGCUUAUCUUCUGUCUUCAAGACCUUUUUAACUGCUGAUCAUAGCAGCCACCCUGAUAACUGCAAACUGUCCCUGCUGUCAGGUUCAACUGAUGAGUCAGUUGUGUCUCUAGCAGAUAUUCUCAACUGCUGAACCCAGGAGAGCUCCUCCAAACUGUCCUCUGUACUCUUGGUGAGGUGCUCUUUCUAGGAGGUUGCUGCAUAAGAAAAACUGUUAGCAAAGAACUGUCUAGACUAUCAACACUGCAUCUUCCAAGGCCAAAACGCUGUAAAACAGUGGCUCUCAACCUAUUUGCCAUAGUGGGCCACACUUGCAACUCUCAAAGUGUUGUGUCUUGAACCCACACAACUUCCUGUGUAUCCAUUUAAAAUAUGUUUUGCAUGGGUUGCAGCAGUGGAUCUCAUGUGGCCCGUGGGCUUCAGGUUGAGAACCACCACUGUAAAAUAAUUGUCAAUGAUUGCAUUUGGAAUUGAUAAGCCAGUUGCCUUGAUCAAGCUGCUGGCAGUAUGAAGUUCCAGUAAUAUUAUUCCUAACAAACUUGCAGUAUUACUUUUGUUGAAGACAUCCUUAAAAAUAUCUCUCUUCAGUGUUAUACAGAAAAGAGACCAAGAAGCUUGAGAGCUAUCUUUUCAUCUGAAUAGGAGACUGAAUGCACUCUUAGGUCAACAUUUGCCUGGUAUAGCUCAUCUGUGAGAGGAAGUCAGGCCUGGAUGACUCUACCUGGGGGUUUAGCAUGAAAUCAGCAGCACCUGCUGGUAGACUGUUAGAACAUUUUAUUUUUGUGUUUCAUUUUGGUAUAACUUCAAGAAUUGUACUGAAGGAUGGCAUUAGAGAAAAAAGACAUCAGAGUGAAUGACUGUAGGAAGACAAGGUUGGUUUUGGUUGAAAUCUGAAUGAAGUUUCUAUUAUUGACUUCUGUUGUUAGUACCAAACUCAUGCUGUAUGUACAAAUUACCCCAUAUACCUUCAUGCUUAAGAAAUAGCUUCUUUCCUCCUCACCUGUUUCAGUGUGAGGGGGAAGUAGUAGCCUUCCAGAAACAUUUGCAACCUUAGAAAACUGGAGUGUUGGAUGCCACAAAAUAUUCUGCCUUUUCCAGUUGUGUUUACCUGGCAGUAAUUUGUUUCACAUGUAUAUAAUCUUUGUGAAUUUUAAUUCAUGGUCUGCACUGCAAAAGGAUAAUCUUGUAUUUAAUUUCUUGUUUUGUUACUUGAGAGGAGGGAUAGUCCAGUAAGUCAAGUAGACUUUAGUGCUCACACCCUGUUAAAAAGAGCAAAGCUUUGCAUGCAGGCUUGAGCUGGUUCUUUUAAACUGAAAUCAAUGUAUGGUGACUUGUUUCUGUUUAUGUAAAAUCUGCUUGUUUCUUGGCUUAAUUUAAAUCAAAAUGAGUUUGGUUUAAUCCCAUAACAAGAACCAUCCACAGCAGUUUGUUUAUUAAGCUAAAUUGAUUUUAAGUGGCACAGUAAGUUUAAAACCUGUGUGUAAACAAGCCGUAAGAUUGAGGGAUAGUUGAGUUCCUACUUUCACAGUUGCAGUUUAAGCUGGAAAGUGUUUUCCCACACAUGAUCUUGAUUCUCUGGGCAAUGACACAUUGGUUUAGAGUAGAAUGGCUGAAUUUUGAAAAUGGGGGAAGGUAGAAACUAAGACCCACACUGUUAAACCAUCAUUUUUCAAUAGUGCACAAAGAAAAGCCUAUCCAUAAACUGAAUGCAGUUGAUGGGGUGUCAUGUAGACACACAGCUACUGUUUAUUAUUGCCUUGGUUGUCUGUAGUAUCGGUUAGUUAUACCUGCAUUUACCAGCACUAUAUGUUUACCGUAUGUGUGUUCUAAAAGCCUUUGGGGGAAGGGAGGGAUUAGUGGCUUUAAAAACCCCCACAAAGAAAUCAGAGUUGAGAAGGUGUAUGCGAGUAUGUAAAAAUGCACUGACUCCUGAGAUCUCAAGAUGUGCAAUGUUCUCCUAGCUACAAUUUUAAUUCUGUGCUUAAGGCUAUUUUAAAAACUUUAUUUUGCCACUUGCUUGGGUGGUGAUGCUUGUGACCCUAUUUCAAUGUCCUUAAAGAUAGUCCCAGCCAAAGUAGCCAUCUCUCUCAGUCCAGAUGGAAGAAUGUGUCUCUUGGAGCUGCAUGAAGAAGUCUUAAUAGACACCUCCCAGAAGCACAUGAAUGCAAAACUGCUUUCCCUCAUCCUCCCACCUCCUGAAUAUAGAGAAAAGAAGAGUUAAUGGAAGAGGUACCUACCUUGGAGGUGUAUUCAGUCAUUGUUUCAGUAAGCAGAAACCUGAAAUAGCAGAAUGACUUCCCAAAAGUUCAACAGUGGUGUGACUCCAACCUGAGGAAAUGUUGAACUCAAAGGAAGAUUUUUUAAGGAAGUUGUGAACAAAUGAGAACACCCUAACUGACGGCAGACAAGACUAUAAUUGAAGUUACAAAGGAUGUAAGUAACAUAAAUACAUAGUGACCAGAGGGUAUGGGAAAGGCAAUAAGUUGACAGUAGUAAAAGCUCUUCUCUUGAGCUGUAUUGCUCUUAUACAAUCUCCUUUCAUGUGUCUCAGCCAUGACCUGCAAAGGGACCCCACUUGCAUGGGUGAGAGAGUUUUGUGUCCAUUUUCAUUAGCCCUAGGUCAAGCUGCUGAAACUUCCUAUAGAGACUGCAUGUUGUAGUGAUGUUUGUGGUGUGGAACUGUCCACAAGAUACUACCUGGUCUAUUGAGGAACUUGAAAAACCACUGAAUGGAAGCAAUUUUUGCCACCUUUUGUAAAUCUGAUUCGUGAAUAUAGAACCUCUGUGUGAGGAAGGCUUCCAGAUGUUUCUGGUUUCUAGAUGUUUAUCCCCCUGUAGAGCAGGUACAAAUGACCCUGAGGCUGUGGCAAUUGGGAUUCGUUCCCUAAUUUGAAAAGUUGUGUUCUUUGAGCUCUGUUUCCAAGGGCCUUUCCUCUAGCUGUACAACUUAGAUUUAAAACCUGUAGUAUACUCCUACUGCCUAGAUCAGGGGUUGGCAACCUACAGCUUACGGGCCAGAUCCAGCCUGCAAAGGUUUGAUCUGGCCUGCAACUGCGAUAAGCCACAGGGGAGAUUGAUGGCAUGCUGUGAGUGGGGUGCCAGAAUGAAGCCCCCACAACCCCACCGCUGCAGUCACCAUUUUUUUUGGCUGAUGAAUCCACCACUGUCUAUUGUCAGACGAAGCAGGGAGACUGCAAGGGAAGCGUUUGGGUCGAGCCACAAUUACCUCAGCCUGCUUCUUGUGAAAUAUUUGCCUAUCAUCUAGAGUAGUGGGGGAAAGCUUUCUUGGCUGGUGUGCCUCAAUUUAGCCUCGCACACUCCCCAAGGGCCACUCCAAUCCCUUUCCCCUGAACAGUCUGCUGCUCUGUUUUGUUUAGUGCCUUGUGCUCCCUGCUUGAUCUGAUGCCCUGUUUCUGCUUUCUGCCGUAUCUGCCUGCCUCCUCCCCAGUCUGCUGUGUUUCGCGUGCAGAGGAUGCCUCUGCCACUUUUGGCCUCUGCGCUGUGGGUUAGGCACCCUUGAUGUAGAGGAAGAUACUGAUCAUGCCUAGUAUUUUGGUGGUUAAAAUGUACCUAUUCCCAUGCUUGGUGGGAUAUGUAACCAGAAAAGUGGCUUCUAUAGCUAUAGGGAUGAAGAGCUUGUAUCUUCAUUAAACUCAGUAGUGCUGCAUUCAUGCACCCUUUGGGUCCCUCCCAGGGAAUGUCCAUUGUUCUGGGGAUUGAGAGUUUUCCAGAUAUCCCUCACAAACCAAUAACUGGGUCUCCAGACCUAAACUCUUGCUGCAUGAGCCUGUUUACAAAAGACUUGGUGUAUAGGGUGAGUAUAAACAUGACCAUGCAUAGCUGUAACUAGGAAUCAAAAUUUAGACCCAGCAAAAUAAUUGAGCUAAUUUUAGCAUAAUUUUAUUCCAGGGUUAAGUGUUUUGUUUUCCACUGAGUAUUGGUGAAAAGGAAAUGGAAGGAAAAGAAUAGAGUUGAUGAUUAUUACUUUUCAGUUUAUUCAAAGAAUGUAUAUUUUAUUUCUUAUAGAAGCCUGAGUGCCAUUUCCCACUUAAUAGUCUCAGUCCCUAUCAAUGUCAUGUGCCUACAAGAAGUACUUAAAAUAAUUGCAAGUGUUGCAGGCCCCACAGUACAUUAGGAUAGAAGCUGAGGUUACUCACACAUUUCUGCCUUUGGGAAAGGGAGAUAAAAUGCAGACCAUUGUUUGCUGGGAAAGCAAAAUAAGUAGGCAGGUCUUACUAUAUAUAAAAGCAAGCACAAUUUCUGUCCCAGAGGAAUCAAAGGAGGAUAAAAGAUUUCUGCGUGUUACAGGUUUCCAACAUAACUGCCCAGGCGGGAGGAACAUGGAGUCAUUGAUUUUUAUUCAUAUCCAUAGCGCUGCCACCAUAGAUUUCAGUGGGAAGAUGGCCAUGUUUAUCAAUAAUAUCUGGCUUCUUUUGUGUUGAUACUUCACAAAAAGGAUACCUGUGCUUUUCUGCUGUCUUUGUCUUUUAAUCCACGCAAGAUGUAUUACAGAGUGGCAUGCUCUUCUGCUAUAUGCUUGAGCGGGUAUGUGAGGUAAGAAACCCAUUGGUUGCAGAUCUGUAUACCUGCCAUUAUGUACUUUGGUAAUUAUCUCCAUGAAGUUACAGAGUAACAUUAUAUACUUACAAUCUCUCUACUGUGCCUGAGAGAGUUGUACAAUUGGAGGAUAUGCCACACAUAAUUACAUGCUUGGUACAGGAAAUAGUUCAGAAAGCCUUUGAACAGUGAUUUCCUAAGAAGCCUCUCUCUUAAAGUGUGCCACACAGCAGUUUUACACUUAAAUACAUGAAUUGGCAAGAAUAAGAAGGGCUCUUUUUAAAAGGAGCAGGUGUUUUGGAUCUUUAAUUUUUCAGUCGUGCUGUGUGACCCAAAGCAUCAUCCCUUUAUUUUUUGUUCUAGUGGUUGUUGAAAGGGGAAGUACAUUUUUAUAUUGUCUUGAGUUAGAGUGAACUGACAGAGGUUGGUAGCUUACUCUCGUGCCUGCCGUUUGUAACUGAUUAAAAUGCCUUUCAUUUUAAGGAGCAUGGAUUAACAUCAGUUUCUGUUGACUUGUAUGCAUCCUACCCCGAGGCUGUCUACGCUGGAAAAUUGAAUCAGGACAGUAGAGCUGUGUGUUUUGAAAGUGUUUUAAGGUUCUCUGUGUUGUUUUGCAUGUAGUGUUGAGCUGAACGAUUGUGGCAUAAGUCAAGAGAUGUGUAUAAUAGAACUAGUGGCCUCCUACCCAGUCCUGAGUGAAGUCUGGCUUCUACCAUGUACUUCUGGUCAUGGAGCACAAGUCAGGAGGUGAGGUGCCCAUAUCCGUAAGUCAGGUGGAUUGAGAGGUUCUUGCAGUGAUAGACUGCUGCAGUAUAGGCAAGGCUUAUUUGUCAGAUAUACUAAACCCUCCCUGGGGUCUUACAACUAAGAUACAAAUACAGAAUGUCACUUCAAGGUGUGCAGGAAAUGUUGAGAGAUGGGAGAGGUAUCUCUGGGCUGUCUUGUCCAGCUAUCCACUCUGUCUCCUGACAGAAAGGGGCCUUCUGCAGCAAAGCUUUCCAUGGACUUGGUAAGGGAGACCAGGUCUUUGGGAGCUGGGCCCACUCCUGUUUUCCUGAAGACCAGAGAUGAAGGGAAGCAUUGGUUUAGAGGGAGUGAAUGAUUUUGAGCUCAGGAAUGGUCUAUUCUAGUCAUUGGUGUAACCAGUAGCCUGCUACAAUUAGCAUGUCUUUCUCCGAGCCAUGCAACAGCUAGCAUCUUAAAUCUGUAUAAGCAUUCUUUUUAUUGUCCUUUUUUGUAUUUUGUUCUUUCCAGACAAGGUUGUGUGGUUGCAGUGCCCCGAUCUCCUGUAGUCCUUGUGUGGGGGAGACUUCCUAGAGACUUCCAAAGGAUGUUUUCUCCAAGUAAGGACUAGAGGAUUUGACUGGCGGAGCAGUAUUUCCAGCCUGGGAUGCCCACCUGUACUUACACAUGCCAUCUCCCCUAGGCAGGGACUCCAUCAGCUGGUUUUGGAUAGAGCAGCCCGGCUGCCGCUCUGUCACGCUUUCCUGGGUAGAGCUGGUGACAAUAAGAGGGAUUGCAACGGAUGCUCCUUUGAAUCAAAGAAUUUCCAAAUAAGUCUUCAAUGGGGGUUACCUCUAGGAACAAUGUAAUGGAUUUAUCCAGCACACGGACGUUAGAUUAUGUGUAGAAAUGACAGCUGAGCACAUGGUGCUUUCAACAGCAAUCCAAAGUGCAUUCUGAGGAAGAAGGGCACCUUGCUAACAUCAGGAUAGAGGAAGAUGCCCAGGGUUGUCUGUCACUUCACAAAAACACGUGCCUUUGCCCAAAAGAUCUUUUUUUCUUUCAUCUGCAAUAAUAAGUGGGAGAAGGGGUCAAGUAGUUCUGCGACUGGUUGAAAAUGUACAGUCCCUUUUUUCAUGUAAUGGUGCAGUCUCCAUGUCGCCACAGUAAAAAGGGGUCAUUUUCAACUGUAUUAAGUGCCUAAUCCUCAGCUCAAGGUUGAUUUGAUACCUAUGUCUCUUGGAAAGUUUUUUUUGUAUAAAACAAAGUACUAGCAGGAAAAUAAAACUGAAUUAAUACAACA